UUUGGACCCAGAGUGGAGACACCCUCUCCCUCCUUGUCUGCCUGUCUGUCUGUCGCGGUGGAUUUAUACCGGAAACGGCUCGGUGCCGGAGGAGGAUUUUCACGCCUCUUCGGUCCCGUUUUUUUGGAAAUAAACUGAGCUGUUGUGGAUUAAUAUGCCUGUGUGUUGGGGCUGGACGGAGUGUCUAAUGUCUCUGAGCAGCUAUGGACACAGAGACACAUAAACAGAGGACUUAAUCAGGACUGGAACAAUACUAGGAGUCUGGACCUCUUCUUCUCUUCCUGGAUUGGGACAUUUCUCCCUCACUGAUUGGCUCUCCUGUGAAACUGGCAGUGAUUGGACAGCCCUGGAUUCAAGGAUGACUGAGGGGGUCCACCCCCGCCUCCUGACUUCCUGUUUACUUCCUGGAACGCAGUGAGCACUUCCUGUACCUUCACGACUCUCACCUGACUGGCUGGAGGCUUCACCUUGCUGUCACCGCAGAUUUACAGACUCCAGCACCCACCAUGACCUGCUGACGUCACCACACCCUUCCUCCCCUCUCUCUCUCUAUCCUACAAAAUGGCUACGAGCAGUUGGCUGUCACCGUGGUGGCAGCCGCUGCCUCCUCCUCUGCUGCUGCUGCUCCUAAUCCUCACUUCCUGUUUCCUGUCUGAGUCAGCUUUGACCGCACCCUUUCCCAAAGACCUGGAGCCAAUCAACAUGGUCAGCUCAGAGCAGUCGUAUCAGUUUCCAAGUUUUCAGGGUUUGCUUCAGGACAAUGACACGCUGCGUCUGGGCCUGGACUUUCAGAGGUUGCUACGCAUCAACCACAUGUUGUACAUCGCUGCCAGGGAUCAUGUGUUUGCAGUGAACCUGACGACAGCUUCGGAGGAGUUCGUACCUCAGCUGAAGCUGACGUGGCACUCCAAAGAUGUCAGCAAGUGUACGGUCAGAGGGAAGAACAGCGACGAGUGCUACAACUACGUCAAAGUGCUGGUGCCCAGAAACGACGAGACACUGUUCGCCUGUGGCACCAACGCCUUCAACCCCACCUGCAGAAACUACAAGAUGACGUCCUUGGAGCAGGUCGGAGAGGAGGUGGUCGGUCAGGCUCGCUGUCCCUUUGAGUCUGGUCAGUCCAACGUUGGACUGUUUGCUGGGGGAGAUUUCUACUCGGCCACCAUGACCGACUUCCUGGCCAGCGACGCCGUCAUCUACAGAAGCCUGGGGGACGGCCGACCUGUCCUCAGGACUGUCAAGUACGACUCCAAGUGGCUCAGAGAGCCUCACUUCCUGCACGCCAUCGACUAUGGGAACUACGUCUACUUCUUCCUCAGUGAGAUUGCAGUGGAGUACACCACCCUUGGCAAGGUGGUGUUUUCUCGAGUGGCCCGGGUUUGUAAGAACGAUAACGGAGGUUCUCCCAGAGUUCUGGAGAGAUACUGGACUUCCUUCCUCAAGGCUCGUCUGAACUGUUCAGUUCCUGGAGAGUCGUUCUUCUACUUCGACAUUCUUCAGUCUCUCACCAACGUGCUGCAGAUCAACCAGAGACCUGCUGUGGUCGGAGUCUUCACCACUCAGGCCAACAGUAUCCCCGGCUCGGCAGUUUGUGCGUUCUACAUGGACGAUAUAGAGAAAGUCUUUAAUGGUAAAUUCAAGGAGCAGCGGACCAGUGACUCGUCCUGGACUCCAGUACCUGACGAGCAGGUUCCCAGACCACGGCCCGGUACGUGUGCAGGCGAUGGUCCAGCUGCAGACUACAAAUCAUCAGUUCAGUUCCCAGACGAGACACUGACAUUUAUCAAGUCCUAUCCUCUGAUGGAUGAAGCUGUCCCCUCCGUCAACGACCGGCCCUGCUUCACCAGGACCUCCAGCAGAUCCAAACUGACUCAGAUUGUGGUGGAUGUGUCGGCGGGACCCUACAAGGACCGGACAGUGAUGUUCCUGGGCUCAGACGAUGGCAGAGUCCUGAAGGUUUUGGCCAGCACACAUCCCAACGACAGCUUCGGAUCCAAACUGCUGGAGGACAUCGACAUCUACAACCCAUCUAAGUGUAAUGUUCAAGGUCAGGAGGACAGGAGGGUUCUGGGACUGGAGCUAGAUAAGGACCAUCAUGCCUUGUUUGUUGCUUUCACUAGCUGUGUGAUCAGAGUGCCGCUCAGCCGCUGCACCCAACAUGGAGCCUGUAAAAAAGCAUGCCUGGCCUCUCGUGACCCAUACUGCAUCUGGCUGCGGACCGGGAGUUGUGCCAACAUGGCACCAGGUUUCAAGGCCGGGUUUGAACAGGAUAUCGAGGGCGACCACUCGUUUCACCCAGACAGCUGCCAUGCCGAUGUGUUGGCAACCACACGGAAUCAGGAGUCUGCAGCCGACUCGGCCUACGGUGUUCGUCGUCUUCCUGAGAUGGACCAGCGUGCAAGUGCUAAUGUCCACUACACCCUGCUGAUUGCCUGUGUGCUGGUGGCCUUCUUCCUGGGUGCCAUCUUGUCAGGUUUCCUGGUGUCAUGUUACUGCAGCCGCAGCGCCGCUCAGCGGGCGAGGAGGCUGGGAAAAGACCCUGAGGCGUCGCUGCCACACGCCUUAUCCCUGCGAUCCCUGGCCAAGCUCAACGGACUGUUGGAUGGACACCCGAAGGACGACAAACUGGACGUGUCCACCCCAAAGAUGUACAGCUCCUUCAUUCCCAACGGCCGGGCGGAGCCUCAUCUCCACACCCCUGGACAUCAGGGCCUGCCGCUGGGAGACCCUGACCUCAGCCUUUCCCAGUCUCUAUCUCAGGGUGAUGGAGAGCUGUCCGGCCUACCCACACCGGACUCCACCCCGGAGCUGCCCAUCAAGAACAUGAAGGCCUUGAGGCACCAUCAGUAUGAGAAGAACCAGAAUUGCAACAAUGCCAAGGACAGCAAGCCCAUAUCUGGGCCCAGCUGCUCCGGAUCCAGUCUGGGUUUCAUGGCCGUUGUCGGGAACUCUUUGAACCAGCAGGUGUUUCCCUUCUCUCAUCACCACAGCAACAGUUUAAGCAACGGAGUGGCCUGUGGAGCGGGCGCCUCUUCGACUUCACUGCACCUCCCUGAGGAGAGGAAGAUCUUGAAUGAUGAGCGAGCAGCAGCAGCAGCAGGAGGUGGAAGAGGUGGGGGAGUCCCCCAUCACCACCACUCCCAGCAGUCCCUCCCCGCGACAGUGGUGGAUGUGUCGGCACUGGAUGAGCUGCUCAAACACAUCCAUGAGGUCAGCGCAUCGGGCACUGGAGGCAUCAAGGUCCUCACCUCCACCUCCUCGUCCUCCCUGUUCCAUGGGGCAUCCUCGUCCUCCUCUGGAGGACAUCAUCAUAAUCAUCACCAUCAUCAUCAUUCUAAUAAUCACCACGGCCACACCCGCACCCAUCACUACAACCACAGCCAUCACCAUAGCAACCACCAAAACAAUAACAGCAGCAGCGGCGGCAGUCACCAUCAACAGCAGCAGAUCCCUGAGACAGAAUCAGGUCCGUAUUACAGCACCUCCACACUGCCAAGGGACGGCCUCCCCAAACGCCUGGACGCUCCAACUCAAAACUCCACCUCAUCCUCCGCCACCUCCUCUUCUUCCUCCUCUUCAUCCUCCAACAACCCAACCUCCUCCACCUCCAUUCCCUCUUCUUCCUCUUCUUCCUCCUCAACUCCGCUCCAGCAACAGGUGAUUCUAGAGAGACCUGGAGGAAGCAGCGUCUCGGUGGCACGCCACCAUUCCCAGCGCCACUCACUCAUCAAGAUGGGCAGCGGGGGCGGCGCAGUGCCCCGCCACCACAGCUUUAACCAACGGGGGCCACAGCACGCACACAUUCUAGCCAGAAUGAACACGAACAGCAGUAGCAACGGCCCCCCGUGCACCAGUGCAGCAGCUAAUGUGAGUACUGAUACCAAUGGCGAGAGCCAGCGGCCGUCCAUUGCCAGCGCCUGCCUGACAAGGCAGCACAGUUACAGCGAAGGGCCACACGUGCAGCGGGCAGCAAUUGUCCGGAGAACGGCGUCGCUCAAACCCCAAGUUCCGCCAAAACCUCUGUUCCUUCCAAACACGGCGACAUCACCGGUAGCAGAGGCAGGAAAAUACAACUACUGAGACUGAGGGAGGAAGUGGCACCAUUCUAACAUGGCUGCUACAGUCUUCGCAGAGAAAAAGCACUCCGACAUGUCUGCAGGGCCUGUGAGAAAAGACAAAAUGAGAGCAUUGAUGGGACGAAGAGACACAAAAGAGACUUCAGAGCUGUUUGUUCCCAUCACUACUCAUUAUAACCCUUCAGUUGUGAUUCCUUUCCUGCUGACAGGACGCCGCCUGUCGCUCUAUCUGAGUCAGAACCGCUGCAUUGUAGCCCUAAACAGAGCCACAGAGACACUCUGAUCUACAAAUAAACAAGAUCUCUGACUCAUCUCUCCGGGCAGGCGGGGCCGCUCGCUUGUGGCGACUUUCCCCUCACGACAGACUGCAGAUCAAAACCAGCUCAGACGAGUCUAAGAAACAUUCCAAAAGCAGGGUGAAGGAUGUUAAUGAUUCAAAAGGAGUCCCCAAGGCUUGAGGUGGCCUGAAAAAAUUCUUGAUUAAUGCAGUUUCCUUAUGAGCGCUUUGAUCUAAUGUCCCUGGUUGUUGCACCUUGGCACAAGGCCUGGAUUUAAUUUGCAAA